GGCUUAAACCCACCUCUCCGCCUCCAUUGAAAACAAUGUAUACCUUCUCUUGAUAUUUUUAGGGUUCUUUAGAAGCUCUGUAAAAUUUUCUGUAAUGGCAGGACCUCCGAAUAAAUCCCUGAAGAGAAAGUCAGGGGAUUCAUUAAAAACACCCAAAACUAAACAGAAAUCUAAAGAUUCUACCAAAACUCCCGAUUCGAUUCCUCAAGUUGAAGACGAUGUUCCUGAUUUCCCUCGUGGAGGAGGAAGUACUCUGAGUAGGCGUGAAGAGUCUGAAAUCCGUGCGGAGGUGGAUGCUGAGUUUGCGACGGAAUAUAGAGAAUCAAAAAAGAAGAGUAAAAGGCAGAAAAAGGAUACAGUUGAGGAUGAUGAUUUUGGUUCACUUUUUGGUGAUGGUAUUGCUGGGAAAUUACCUAGGUUUGCUAAUAGAAUCACUUUGAAGAAUGUUGCACCUGGAAUGAAGCUUUGGGGUGUUAUUGCUGAAGUAAAUGAGAAAGAUAUAGCAGUUAGUCUCCCAGGUGGAUUACGUGGAUUGGUUCGAGCAGAUGAGGCAUCUGACCUUAUUGCAGAGAAUCAAAUUAAGGAUUCGGAAGGUAACUUUCUGUCCAGCAUAUUUCAUGCUGGUGAACUCGUAUCCUGCGUCGUCGUACAAGUUGAUGAAGAUAAAGGUACGGGCAAAGGGAGGAAAAAGAUCUGGCUUUCUUUGCGGCUUGCUGUAUUGCAUAAGGACUUGACGUGGGAUGCGAUACAAGAAGGGAUGGUGUUAAUGGCAUACGUGAAAAGCAUUGAAGACCAUGGUUACAUUCUUCAUUUUGGGCCUUCUUCCUUUACUGGUUUUCUUUCGAGAAAAAAUAAAGAUGGAGUCGAGAUAAAGGGAAAUGCUGGGCAAUUAUUACAAGGAGUUGUUAAGAGCCUUGAUAAGGCUCGUAGGGUUGUUCACUUGAGUGCGGACCCUGAUACUGUGUCUAAAUCCGUGACCAAGGAUCUUAAGGGAAUUUCCAUCGAUCUGCUCGUUCCAGGCAUGAUGAUAAAUGCUCGUGUGAAGUCCACCCUUGAAAAUGGGAUUAUGUUAUCAUUCCUUACUUAUUUCACAGGAACUGCUGAUGUUUUUCAUUUGCAAAAUUCUUUUCCAACCAGAACGUGGCAAGAGGACUAUGAACAAAAUAAGAAGGUAAACGCUCGGAUAUUAUUUAUCGAUCCGUCGACUAGGGCUGUUGGUCUCACCAUGAACCAUCACCUUGUUCAUAAUAAAGCUCCUCCUUCACAUGUUAAAACUGGUGAUAUUUAUGAUGGCGCCCGUGUAGUUAGAGUUGAUAGAGGGUUGGGCCUGCUGCUAGAGAUUCCUUCAACUCCGAUACCAACUCCGGCGUAUGUUAGUAUAUCUGACGUGGCUGAUGAGGAAGUUCGGAAGCUGGAGAAGAAGUACAAGGAGGGGAAUUCUGUCCGUGCUCGUAUUCUAGGAUUCAGGCACUUGGAAGGACUUGCAUUGGGUAUCUUGAAGACUAGUGCGUUUGAGGGAUCAGUUUUCACUCACUCAGAUGCCAAGCCAGGUAUGGUUGUCAAGGGGAAGGUAACCUCCGUCGGGGACUUUGGUGCUUAUGUGCAGCUGUCGACUGGUGUGAAGGCACUUUGUCCUCUUACACACAUGUCAGAACUUGAAGUCCCAAAGCCUAGGAAGAAAUUCAAGGUUGGAGCAGAUUUAGCAUUUCGAGUGCUAGGUUUCAAGUCCAGGCUUAUAUCAGUCACACACAAAAAGACUCUUGUCAAGUCAAAGCUUGCUAUUCUUAGUUCAUAUGACGAUGCUACUGAGGGACUGAUAACACAUGGAUGGAUCAAAAAAGUUGAAACACAUGGGUGCUUUGUGAACUUCUACAAUGGAGUGCAGGGAUUUGCUCGUCGAUCUGAACUUGGAUUAGACCCGGGCUGCGAAGCAAGUUCAAUGUAUCAUGCUGGACAAGUCGUGAAAUGUAGGGUAAUGAGUGCAGUUCCUUCUUCCCGGAGGAUCAACAUUAGUUUUCUUAUGUCUCCAACAAGAACAUCAGAAGAUGCUGUAUUAAAGUUGGGUAGCGUUGUGUCUGGUGUUGUUGAGCGCUUGACUCCUAAUGCAGUUAUCGUGAAAGUGAAUGCUGAAGGUUAUUUGAAGGGUACCAUACUCACUGAACAUUUGGCGGACCACCAAGCGCACACUACUUUGAUGAAGUCUAUGUUGAAGCCUGGGCAUGAAUUUGAUCAACUUGUGGUUCUAGAUGUUGGUGGCAACAGUUUGAUACUCUCUGCGAAACUUUCUCUUAUUAACUCCGCUAAUGAGCUUCCUUCGGAUAUUGCACAGGUUCAUCCUCAUUCCAUAGUCCAUGGAUAUGUCUGCAACUCAAUUGAAGGUGGCUGCUUUGUUCGUUUUCUUGGGAGGUUGACAGGAUUCUCUCCAAAAAAUAAAGCUCUAGAUGACCAAAGAACUGAUAUAUCUGAAGCCUUCGACAUUGGACAGUCUGUCCGUAGUCAUGUCGAAACUGUUAACUGUGACACAAACAGAAUAACACUCUCCUUGAAGCAGUCGUCUUGUUUUUCAACUGACACGUCCUUUAUUCAGGGAUAUUUCAUUCUGGAGGAUAAGAUUGCUAACAUGCAAAUGUCGGACUCCAAAAAUAUUGAUUUCAAAUGGGUGGAAUCUUUUAAUAUAGGGAGUGUUGUUGAAGGAGUGAUUCACGAGAUCAAAGAAUUUGGGGUUGUUCUUCGCUUUAAGCAGCAGACCGAUGUUUUUGGUUUUAUUACUCACUAUCAGUUAGGUGGAACGAGUAUUGAAAAAGGGUCUAUUGUUCGUGCUGUUGUUCUUGACAUUAAUAAGUCUGAGCGCCUUGUAGAUUUGUCUCUCAAACCUGAGUUGGUUUGUCCGGUCAAAGAAGAUGGUGGUGAUAACAAGGCCUCAAAGAAGAAACGUAAGAGAGAUAAAUCUGUGGAUAUGGAGUUGCAUCAAACUGUUAAUGCAGUUGUAGAGCUUGUCAAAGAGAACUACUUGGUUCUCUCCAUACCAGAUUUUGAUCAUGCCAUAGGUUAUGCAUCAAUAGCCGACUACAAUACACAGAAGCUUCCGAACAAGCAUUUCGUGAAUGGCCAAAGUGUGGUUGCCACUGUUGAGGAUCUUCCUAGCUCAUCUGCGACUGGGAGAUUUCUAUUGCUUUUGAAAUCUCUGAAGGAGGUUGUUGAGACUUCCAGUUCGAAAAGGGCCAAGAAAAAGUCCAGUUACAAUGUUGGCUCACUUGUUGAGGCAGAGGUUACCGACAUAAGGCCUCUAGAAUUGCGUUUGAAGUUUGGAGUAAAUUUCCAUGGGAGAGUGCAUGUAACAGAGGCCAGUGAUGAACAUAUUGUGGUGGGUGCGUUUAGUAAAAUUAAAGUUGGGCAAGUACUGACGGCAAGAAUCGUUGAAAAGCCUGGUCCGUCAGAUAAGAAGAGUAAAAAGACCCAAUGGGAACUCUCCAUUCGGCCAUCAUUGAUUUCAGGACCCAAAGAAAUUGACGACAAGCUGAUGACUAAGGAGUCUGAUUUUUCAAUUGGAAAAUGCAUUACUGGGUAUGUUGUAAAGGUGGACAGUGAAUGGGUCUGGUUAACAGUGUCUCGUCAUAUGACGGCUAAGCUAUUUAUUCUAGACAGUGCGACCGAACCUUCUGAAAUUUGUGAUAUCAAAAAGCGGUUUCCUGUUGGAAAAGGUGUGACUGGUCAUAUUUUAAGUGUUAACAAGGAGAAGAAUUUAAUACGCUUGAUUUUGCACCCCUUAUCAAUUGUCUCCAAAGGAACUCUUGAUACUGAUGCUCUUGAGAAUGUUAGCGAACAUGUACAUGAAGGUGAUGUUCGUGCUGGUAGAAUUUCAAAAAUACUUCCAGGUGCUGGUGGGCUGCUUGUGCAAAUCGGACCUCAUCUCUUUGGAAAGGUUCAUUUUACUGAACUUACAGAUAGUUGGAUGCCAAACCCACUUCUUGGAUACCAGGAAGGGCAGAUUGUCAAGUAUAAGGUCCUAGAAAUAGGUCGCUCUCUUAAGGGCACCACACACUUUGAUUUAUCAUUACGUAUGUCUUUACAAGAGAUUGAGACUCGGGGCACUUCGGAACUUCAUACUGAUGUGGAUUCUAACAAGCGGUUUGAAAGGAUAGAGGAGCUUCAUCCAAAUAUGGUUGUUCAGGGCUAUGUUAAGAAUUUAAUGCCAAAGGGUUGUUUUAUUAUGCUCUCCCGGAAGAUAGAUGCGAAAAUUCUUCUCUCUAACUUGUCUGAUGGUUUCAUUGAAAACCCAGAGAUGGAAUUUCCGGUGGGGAAACUUGUAAAUGGAAAGGUGUUGUCUGUGGAACCUCUGUCCAAGAGAGUUGAAGUAAGCUUAAAGACAGGGUCUGCAAAUAGGUCUUUGAAAUCCAACGUGGGUGAUUUCAAGAGUCUAUGUGUUGGUGAUGUUAUCUCGGGCAGGAUUAAGCGAGUUGAGACAUAUGGUUUAUUUAUUACAAUUGAUCAGACGAACAUGGUUGGUUUGUGCCAUAAAUCAGAGCUAGCUGGUGAACAGACUGAGAGCAUUGACAGCAAAUAUAGAGCUGGAGAGAAAGUUAAAGCAAAGAUUCUGAAGGUGGACCCUGAACAGCAUCGAAUAUCACUUGGAAUGAAGAAUCUGAUUGCGGUUGGUGAUGUGAAUGAUGAUGCCAGUGUUGACCUUAUGUCAAACCAAGAUUCUGGUGAAGCCACGGACUGUGAUAGCGACUCUGAUGGUUCUCAGACACUGCAAGAGAACGAUAUUCCUGACAACUUCUCUGUAGACGAAGAUUGCACAAAUGAAGUAUACCCGUUUGUUAUGGAAUUAGAAUCAGGGGAUCCUGUUCUUCCAUUAGAGGUUACUCUUGAUGACGUAGAUGACUCUGGAUUAGAUAACAUCGAAAAUGGAAUGAUGGAGCAUGUUAAUGAUGGAGACUUCAAUGCUGAGAAAAACAAAAAGCCCAUGAGGAAAAAAGCGAAGGAAGAGAGGGAACUAGAAGUUAGUGCGGCAGAGCAAAGACUACUUGAGAAAGACAUACCUAGGACUGCUGAUGAAUUUGAAAAAUUUGUGAGAAGCUCACCAAAUAGUAGCUUUGUCUGGAUAAAGUACAUGGCUUUUAUGCUGUCUCUGGCUGAUAUUGAGAAGGCUCGCUCAAUUGCUGAAAGGGCUUUGAGAACGAUAAACACCCGAGAAGAGGCUGAAAAGUUAAAUGUUUGGGUGGCUUACUUCAAUUUGGAAAAUGAAUACGGUAAUCCUCGUGAGGAGGCUGUUACAAAGACGUUUCAAAGAGCUCUUCAGUACUGUGAUCCUAAAAAGGUUCAUUUGGCGUUGUUAGGGAUGUACGAAAGGACCGAACAGCAUAAAUUAGCAAACGACCUUCUUGAUCAAAUGUCAAAGAAGUUCAAACACUCUUGCAAGGUCUGGUUAAGGCGAGUACAGAACUUACUUAGUCAGGGAAAAGAUGGAAUUCAAGGAAUAGUCAAGCGUGCACUUCUUUGCCUCCCUCGUCAUAAGCAUAUUAAGUUCAUCUCUCAAUGUGCAAUUCUUGAGUUUAAGUGUGGUGUGCCGGAUAGAGGUCGAUCCAUGUUUGAGGAAAUGCUGCGAGAAUACCCCAAAAGAUUAGACUUGUGGAGUGUCUACCUAGAUCAGGAGAUUCGAAUUGGAGAUGUAGACCUGAUCCGUGCAUUGUUUGAGAGAGCGACAAGCUUAAGUCUUCCCGCCAAAAAGAUGAAGUUCUUAUUUAAGAAGUAUCUUGAAUAUGAGAAAUCUUGUGGUGACGAAGAAAGGGUUGAAUACGUGAAGGAGAAGGCUAUGGAAUUUGUGAAUAGUUCAGGCCCUUGAAGGGAUGUUAUGGACACCUUUUCUUGGUAACAUCUCACAGAUCAUUCUUCACAACAGUUGUGAUCCUUGCAAAUGCUGAAAAUUGAGUAGUAGCUAUGACUGUAUUUUAUUGAGGUUGAUAAUGGUCAAGCGAGGAAGUUGUAUUCACGGGGGCAUGUCAUUGACCAAUUUGUACCAAGAUAAGUCUAUGCAAAACAUAAUUCAAAGCUUAUUCAAAUUCCAGAUAAUUUUGGAAGCUGAAGAGAAACAAAACACUACACCAUAUUCAUUCGCAGAUUUGCAUGUCCAAAUUCAAGAUAAUGUUGAAAGCUGAU